UUGGAUUUCAUCCCAGCAGAUAGAUAAUACUUGCAGUUGAAAUAAGCAGUAGCUACUACAUCCGUAAAACCGAUAAGAUUAUAUCACCCGCUUUUCUUAAACGAUUUUUUUAUUUUAAAUUAAUAUGAUUUCGGAAGUUAGCGAUGGAAAACCGACAAAAACGUUUUUUAUGAAUACAUUUUUGGUAUGCUGUAUGUCAGAAUUUUUUGGAACAGCAGUUUUACUAUUUCUGUCUUGUACAGGAGCCACUUUAGACGUUCAAGGAAAUAUAUCCAUUUUACAUGUCAGUUUUGCAACUGGACUGGCGGUUACAGCGGUUAUUCAGAUGCUGGGCCAUAUUUCUGGCGCUUACAUAAAUCCAGCUGUUACACUAUCGGCAUUUAUUUUGGAACAAAUCAAUUUGACACAAACAAUAGCAUAUAUGAUUAGCCAAAUUUUAGGAUGCCUUGUUGGCACAGGAUUUCAUAAAUUGCUGACCCCAACAGCAGCUUUGUCGGUUGGCAAUGGAGAACGUGGAGUUUGUGUAAAUGCACCAGGAAAUGGGAUUAGUGAGUUGGAGGCUUUUGGAGUUGAAGUUAUCCUCACAAUAAUUUUAGUAGUUGCAAAUUGUUCCAGUUGGGAUAAAAGAAAUUCAAAUAAGGCUGAUUCUAUACCUUUGAAAAUUGGUCUAGUGGUUGUAUCGUUAAAUCUCUCUGCUGCGGCUUAUACCGGCGCCAGUAUGAAUCCCGCUAGGAGUUUUGGUCCGGCAGUUGUGUACACUGAUUUUACAUCCCAUUGGAUAUACUGGGCUGCACCUAUUGUGGGAUCAUUAAUUGCCAGUUUAACUUAUAAAUUCAUAUUUUUACAAAAAAAUGUUUGGUAAUCACUUUUUUUGGUGUAGUCUACACAUCUGUCAUAUAUUGAUUACAUUCUAUUUUCAUUGUAUAAAAUCUAUCUAUUUAAGGAAUAUUUUUCGACUUUGAUUUUUUUGGUUCGGUACAUAUCCAGAGCAUGUAUUAUAAUAAGAUAAAAAUUUUAAUUUUAUUCAUAUUCACAAACAUUUUUCUCUCUUAAGAAAAAUCUGUUUACCAAAACCGAUAUUGCGAGUUCUAGAGGGAUUUUUAGAGGGAUAAAAUUGUAGCCUAUUGGAAUCUUGGUUUAUACUAUGACGAAAUUGCCUAUCGUGUUAAAUGUAUUGUAAUCAAGGUCACCGCCAGACAGGCACUUCAGGUAAUUAACUCUGUGAGAACGUUUGGUCUAACUUCUACUAGGGAAAAGACAAAAUAAACAUGCACACAUGAAAUUUACGCAUUAUAGCCUUUGGUGUCUUAUGAGGACGUUAUUUAAACUGGCGUCCUCUUUCCUCAUAUUCACAUACUGUACGUUUGACUAUGAAUUUGUUUUUAUGUUAUCAUUUUAUCUUUACUGUAAGGCUAUUUAUUAUAUUGCCAAACAAUCAGGGUUGAUAAAUUAUUCCAUCUGGGUGCAAUACAUUUAAUGUCACUGAGUUAAUAAAUAAAAAUUUUUUCUAAAUUUUA